CCUAUGUUCAUGUGUGUAUGUGUGUGUGUGUGUGUGUGUGUCAGUCCUCCGCUGCUGGGUGUUGAUUGCACUACCAUGCCACACAACAUGUGCAGGGCUGGGGCUCUGUCUUGAGACAAGCUGCUGACAUCACUGGAAGUCUUCUCAGAUUCCACUUCAUAAAAUCAGGUACUUCACUUCCCAGGCUAGAGCAAACUUGUUACUGGGUGUACCAAAGGAGAGGCGAGCGGUGUUCCAACCUCAGCUGUGUUUACAAUUUACCAAAAAAAAAAGGCUCCUUCUGCAAGUCAUGGCUUAACGUGGCCGCACCGCCUGUGUACUCUGAGCUCAGCACCAGCACUCUUUCGGAGAAGAUUAUGGACACCGUUGACUCCGAUUUUUCUGGCUGCCCACUAGUUCAAAAUGCGAUUCACAAUGGAGUGAAGUCUGAGAGGCCAAGGGUGAUAUCUAAGAGUGGACAUAGCAAUGUCAAGAUCGACAAAGUGGAUGGUGUCUUCUUUCUGUACCUCCAGGACUUAUGGACCACUGUUAUUGACAUGAAAUGGAGGUAUAAGCUGACCUUGUUUGCUGCCACCUUCUUCCUGACGUGGUGCUUUUUUGGAAUCAUUUACUUUGUCAUAGCAUUAGUUCAUGGAGAUGUCCACACUGACCCAACUACUAACCACACUCCAUGUGUAAUGAAUGUUGAUUCCUUUACUGGUGCCUUCCUUUUUUCUCUGGAGUCGCAGACCACAAUUGGUUAUGGGUUCCGCUUCAUUACUGAAGAGUGCCCUGUUGCUAUCCUCUUGCUGGUGGCCCAACUGGUCCUAACAACUUUAAUAGAAAUUUUCAUUACUGGUACAUUCCUUGCCAAAAUUGCCAGGCCUAAAAAAAGGGCUGAAACCAUUAAGUUCAGCAACAAGGCCGUUAUCACAAAACACAACGGAAAGAUGUGCUUGGUCGUACAGGUGGCCAACAUGAGAAAAAGCUUGCUGAUACAAUGCCAACUCUACGGAAAGCUUCUUCAUGCCUACGAGACCAAAGAAGGGGAGAAGAUCUUGCUAAAGCAGGCCAACAUGAACUUUCAUGUAGAUUCUUCUUCAGAAAGCCCGUUUUUGAUUUUGCCAUUAAUGUUUUAUCACGUGCUGGAUGAGAAUAGCCCGCUGAGUGAUCUAACUGCUGAAAACAUAAAGCAAAAAGACUUUGAACUUGUUGUUCUUCUUAAUGCCACAGUGGAAUCUACCAGCACAGUCUGCCAAAGCAGAACAUCCUAUCUGCCAGUGGAGAUCCACUGGGGCUAUGAGUUUGUUCCUGUUGUCUCUUUGUCCCAGCAGGGAAAAUAUGUUGCAGAUUUCAGCAAUUUUGAUAAAAUCAGGAAAAGUGAAAUACAAACCACGUUCUACACAAAUACAGAGAAGCAAAGAUUGGAAGAAGAAUUCCGACGGCAAGAGUUAAAGGACAGACAGAACCAAUCACCUGUAAUAAGGCAGAGUGAUGUUUGACUAUUUGCUACAGGUUAUAGCAUGAACAAUAUCUUGAGUUUUGUUGACUCUGGGAACUGGUUAUACCCAUUCUUUAUAAGCUAAUUACUUAGCUACACACUCCGAUCAACUACCAGUGACUACAAACCACUUGUUAUGGACAAUUUAUUUAUGUAGAUGUUAUAUCCAAUAUUUGAUUUAUCUUCUUCCUAAGUGCCAUACUGAGAAAGCCAGUUAAUAUAUACGCACUGAACUGUGAACUCGGAGACCAUAAUACCAAAUCACUGUAAUCUUUUACUUGCGAUCACUUACUGACAUGGCAAAAUAACAAGAAAAUACUUGGCAGAACAGCAAUCACGUGACAGCACCGUAUCCAAUGGGGAAAAAAAAUACACUAACAAAAAAAAUUUCAGCAAUGU